UACAAGAAAUCUCAACAUGGGGGACCGGUUGAAACAGUUGAAGGAGCGAUCUCUGAAGAGAAAACAAGUUUUGGCUCAAGCGUUUGGAGUUGGAAGCCCAGAUGGUCUGAAAACAGUCUUGAAAAGUAAAGAAGACAUUGAAGAUGAGAAAAAAGCUACAAUUCCAAGUGAAACUGAAAAGACUACAGAAAGCCAGAAAGUGAUUAAGCUAUCAGAAGAACAGCCGCUGCCAGAUGAACAGAAGGACAAAUCCAAAAAUGAUGGUGAACAAGAUGAUGAAGAUGAGUUUUAUACAGACUCAAGUACAUUCCUGAAGGGAACACAGAGUGCCAACCCCCACAACGACUAUUGUCAACACUUUGUGGACUCUGGCGAAAGGCCGCAGAACAAGAUCCGAGAUGUUGGACUUGCAAACCGUUUCGAGGAAUAUCCAAAACUAAGAGAGCUUAUUCGCUUGAAGGAUGAAUUGAUCUCCUCAACAAACACACCUCCCAUGUACCUACAGUGUGACCUUGACCACUUCGACCUUAGUAGUCUGGGCUGUAAGUUUGAUGUGAUACUGGUAGAACCGCCCCUGGAGGAGUACCAGAGAUCUAAUGGUGCUGUGUACGACAGAUUCUGGAGCUGGGACGAGAUUGAGAGAUUAGAUGUCCCGUCUGUUGCGUCACAGCGGUCAUUUGUUUGGAUCUGGUGUGGUAAUGCUGAUGGACUGGAACGGGGAAGACUUUGUUUGAAGAGAUGGGGAUAUCGUCGUUGUGAGGAUAUUUGUUGGAUAAAAACAAACAUCCAAAACCCCUCAAAAAGCAAAAGUCUGGAACCCAAUUCUAUUCUUCAGAGAACAAAGGAGCACUGUCUAAUGGGAAUCAAGGGGACUGUCAAACGUAGCACUGAUGGUGACUUCAUUCAUGCAAAUGUGGACAUAGACUUGAUCAUUGAUGAGGAACAGGACUAUGGAAGCAAAGAGAAAUCUGUAGAAAUAUUUCACAUCAUUGAGCAUUUCUGUCUCGGACGACGCAGACUGCAUUUGUUCGGUCGUGACAGUACCAUUAGACCAGGUUGGCUCUCCUUAGGAUCAGAAAUCACAAGUAGUAACUUUGAUCCUGAAGUCUACUCAAACUUUUUCGAACAGGAACCAAAUGGACAUGUAAUGAAGUGUACAGAUGAAAUCGAAAGACUCCGGCCAAAAUCUCCAACACCAAAAAAUAAGCAGCAAUUCUCUGAUAGGGGAGGUCGCGGAGGUUACCAAAGGGGGGCACAGGGUCGUGGAGGCCAGGGUGGGAGGGGUUCCAAUCUCGGAGCCAAAGGGGGACCCAUGGGUCGUGGCUCAAGUGCCGGGAGACAGUUCUCUAGAUCUGGUUUUGGAGGUCGUGGACGAUCAAGGGGUUUUAAACCAAGAGGUCCCAGAUAGAAAAAGAAACACUCCAGGGCUAGUCGUGUCACAACUUCUUGUGUUAUUCAGUUUGUGUCAUGGCGAUUGUUAUUGGCUUGGACCUAAUGCAUUUGCAAAUCUUGUCAAAAGCAUUCAUAUUGUGUAAACGUUGAAGUUCACAUUGUAAAUCAUGUACAAAUCAACCCUGUCAGUUCAUCUUUUGUAUAAAUGUGUUUAUGUACA